CUAUAAAACUAAAGGCACAUAUGGAUUCAGUGGUAAGAGAAGAAAAAAAGAGUGACUUGAUGGAGCUUGUAAUUCUUGUCCCAUGUUGUUUCUUCCUCGUAGCUUUAAUAAAGUUCCUUUAUGAUUACCUGUGGGUACCUCUCCGUAUACAGCAUAUGAUGAAUUCACAGGGAAUCAAAGGACCUCCUUACAGAUUCAUCCAUGGAAACAGCAAGGAAGUUGCCAGAAUGGAACAAGAAGCAUUAAGCAAACGUGUGGCCUUAACAGAUGAUAUAUUUCCCAAAGUACUGCCACAUUUUUACGCCUGGAUCAACAGAUAUGGGAGGAAUUUUGUUUAUUGGAACGGUGCGCGACCUGAAUUGGUGAUUUCAGAGCCUGAAUUAAUCAAAGAGGUUCUGCAAACUAGCGAAAAAAAAAUUCAAGAAAAGAGCCUUUCAGAUAUUGGUAGGGAGUUCCUGGGGAAUGGGCUUCUAUUCAUUGCGGGGGAAAAAUGGGCAAACCAUCGAAAGCUAGCCAAUCACGCUUUCCAUGGGGAAAGCCUUAAGAACAUGACUCCAGCAAUAAUUGCUAGUGUUGAAACAAUGCUAGAAAAGUGGAAAGGUCAAGAAGGCAGAGAGAUUGAAGUGUUGAAAGAAUUUAGGUUAUUGACUUCAGAAGUGAUUUCCAGAACAGCUUUUGGUAGCAGUUACUUAGAAGGGAGAAGAUUUUGCCAUGUUACAGAAGUUGACAAUAAUUAUGAGUCGAAAUCUUUUAAGACUAGAAUUCCUUUGAUCAGCAAGUUGUGGAAAUCUGCUGAUUUGCUAGAGUCUGAAAAACUUUCAAAAGAAAUAAAAGAUCGUGUGAUGAAGAUUGUUAAGAAAAGAGAAGACGAAGCUGUGAAUGGAGAAGUCAAUAGCUUUGGCAAUGAUUUUCUUGGAUUACUUGUAAAUGCCUAUCAUGAUUCGGACGAGAAAACAGGUUUUCAUUGAAGACUUGUUAGCUGAAUGCAAAACAUUCUAUUUUUCUGGACAAGAAACUGUUAAUUCCUUACUUUCAUGGAUAGUCUUGCAUUUGGCAAUCCACGGAGAUUGGCAAGAAAAAGCGAGAAGAGAGGUGAUUGACAUAUUUGGUAACCAAAAUCCGCAUCUCGAAGGCGUCGCCAAACUCAAAAUAACGACCAUGAUCAUCAAUGAAACUCUAAGAUUGUAUGGUCCAUCAAAUGGCCUGGCAAGAGCAGUUACAAGAGAUGUUCAGUUGGAAAAGCUACUCUUGCCUGCUAAUAUAAAUAUUCUGCCUUUAUAUAUUGGAGUUCACCGUGACCC